UCGUACCAAAACCCAAAAUUCAACCCAACCAAUCUGACGUGGCAACUUUGCCUUCUCCGGUAGUCUUCCAGUCCUCUGCUUCAGAUUCCGCAUUCUUCUUACGUCACCUCGAUUUUCGUGUCCUCCCCUUUCAAAUUUCCCCCAACUCAAAUCUUCUUCUCCAUCAAUCACAAACCUCGAAACCCUAAGCCAUGAAAUCACAGAGCUCCUAAAAUGAGCGGGAACGAGUUCCGCUUCUUCUUGUCCUGCGACAUCAAUCUCCCACUCACCUUUCGGAUCGAGCGGCUUGAAGGAGCUCUGAGCCGGCCCAAGUCCACAACCUCCGAUGUUGAUCCAACUCCGGCGACGGAGGAGAGAAGAGCAGAGCUGUAUGUGGAGUGCGCAUUGUACAUUGAUGGCGCUCCGUUUGGCUUGCCCACACGGACAAGGCUGGAAUCUUCAGGGCCUUCAUAUUGUUGGAACGAGCUGAUUACUCUGAGUACUAAGUAUAAUGACUUGACUGGUCACUCACAGCUUGCUUUUACUGUUUGGGAUGUUUCGUGUGGGAAAGAUGAAGGGUUGAUUGGUGGUGCUACGAUUCUUCUCUUUAAUAACAAGAAGCAACUCAAGACAGGGAAGCAAAAGUUGAGGCUUUGGCCAGGAAAAGUAGCUGAUGGGUCAUUUCCUACUUCGACUCCUGGAAAGGUUCCCCGGAAUGAACGUGGGGAGUUGGAACGUUUGGAGAAGCUAGUGAAUAAGUAUGAGAGGGGACAGAUCCAAUGUGUUGAUUGGCUGGACCGCCUUGCAUUUAAAGCUAUGGAGAGAAUAAAGGAACGUGAAAGCUCUAAAAAUGGAAGUUUGCAUUUGUACCUGGUUGUCGAUUUCUGUAGUUUUGAGCAUCGUGUUGUUUUCCAGGAAUCAGGGGCAAAUUUCUUAUUACCAUCCCCUAUAGCUUCCACGAAUGAAAUUGUCACUGUAUGGGACCCAGAGCUGGGAAAGAUAAAUCCAUCAGAGCACAAGCAACUAAAACUUGCAAGGAGUUUAACCCGUGGUAUCAUUGAUAGGGAUCUCAAGCCAAGCUCCAAUGAGAGAAAGUCGAUACAGAGGAUUCUAAAGUACCCUCCAACAAGGACAUUGAGUGGUGACGAAAGGCAGCUUCUGUGGAAAUUUCGUUUCUCAUUGAUGUCUGAGAAGAGGGCCCUCACAAAGUUCCUCAAAUGUGUUGAAUGGAGUGAUGUUCAGGAAGCAAAACAAGCAUUAGAAUUGAUGGGCAGAUGGGAAAUGAUUGAUGUUUGCGAUGCGUUGGAGCUGUUAUCUCCUGUUUUUGAAAGUGAAGAGGUUCGUGCAUAUGCUGUCAGUGUUCUUGAAAGAGCUGAUGAUGAAGAACUCCAAUGUUACUUACUUCAGCUGGUUCAGGCUCUUCGAUUCGAGCGCUCUGAUAAAUCCUGUCUUUCUCAUUUCCUUGUUCAACGUGCAUUACGAAACAUUGAGUUGGCUAGCUUUCUUCGCUGGUAUGUUGCUGUGGAACUUCACGAUCCAGCAUAUGCGAAGCGUUUUUACUGUACCUACGAACUCCUGGAAGAGAAUAUGAUGAAGUUGUCAGCUGGUAUGCAUGGAGACGAGGAUGGAUUUAAAUUGUGGCAAAGUUUGGUGCGUCAGACAGAAUUGACUGCACAACUGUGUUCAAUUACAAGAGAUGUUAGAAAUGUACGUGGCAAUACUCAGAAGAAGAUUGAAAAGCUUAGACAGCUGCUUUCUGGUCUUCUUAGUGAACUUACAUAUUUUGAAGAGCCGAUUAGAUCACCACUGGCUCCAGGAGUCCUCAUCAAUGGGAUUGUGCCAUCGGAGUCAUCAAUAUUCAAAAGUGCACUGCAUCCUCUUCGCUUGACUUUCCGAGCAGCAAAUGGGGGCAGUUGCAAAGUUAUCUUCAAGAAGGGGGAUGACAUUCGCCAGGACCAAUUAGUUGUUCAAAUGGUAUCUCUCAUGGAUCGAUUGCUCAAAAACGAAAAUCUUGAUCUGCACUUAACUCCUUAUAAGGUUCUUGCAACUGGGCAAGAUGAAGGAAUGAUGGAAUUCAUUCCAUCCCGCACGUUAGCGCUGAUUCUCUCAGAGCAUAGAAGUAUUACGAGCUACCUGCAGAAGUUUCAUCCAGAUGAGCAUGGACCAUUUGGUAUUACUGCCACCUGUCUGGAAACAUUUAUAAAAAGCUGUGCUGGCUACUCUGUAAUCACAUAUAUACUGGGCAUUGGAGACAGGCAUCUUGACAACCUUCUUCUUAGGGAUGAUGGAAGCCUUUUCCAUGUUGAUUUUGGCUUCAUUCUUGGUCGUGAUCCAAAGCCAUUUCCACCACCAAUGAAGCUUUGCAAAGAAAUGGUUGAGGCUAUGGGUGGAGCUGAAAGCCAGUACUAUACAAGGUUCAAGUCCUACUGUUGUGAAGCAUACAACAUUAUUCGGAAAUCUAGUAACCUAAUCUUGAAUCUUUUUCAUCUAAUGGCGGGUUCCAACAUUCCUGACAUAGCGUCUGAUCCUGAAAAAGGCAUCCUCAAGCUCCAGGAGAAAUUCCGGUUGGACUUAGACGAUGAAGCCUGCAUACAUUUCUUCCAGGACUUGAUCAAUGAGAGUGUUAGUGCACUGUUUCCUCAAAUGGUUGAGACCAUUCAUCGGUGGGCUCAAUAUUGGCGCUGAUCCCCGUACAAGGAAGUUACAGGUCAUUUAGGAUUUCUAUCCAGUUCCUGUUUUGUUUUAAAAGUCUGGAAAAAGUCUCUAAUGAUGCUGAAAUCGGUUUCUGAUUUAAUCUGGUUUUAGCCUAUGAUUAUAUCGCUGAUGACGGAGUCUGGUUUAUACACCAACAGCUUUAGAUCCCGCAAAGAUGAGAUUAUGAAAGUCCUAAUUUUUCUUUUGGUCUUUUUAAGGUUCAGAUCUGUAGCCACUUCAAGAUGGUAGUUUGGUCCAGAUUGCAGAGGACAAAGAAGCAUAUUGUGCAUAGCUGUAUAUAAAUUAUAUUUUCUUUCACCUUCUAAUGUAGGUUUGGUCAAAGACUGAAGAUGCAGGUUGUAACUUAAUGAAUAACUGUAUAUAAGUUCUGAUCAUUUUAGGUGUCGGUUCUAAUCUAUUCCCAUUGUGGAACUCUAUUUUUUAAUUAUUA